GGGACGUCCUGGCCCAGCAGCAACCCGGCCCCCGGGAGAAGGGACGUCCCGGCCCAGCAGCGACCCGGCCCCGUGGAGAAGGGACGUCCUGGCCCAGCAGCGUCCGGGCCCCCGGGAGAAGGGACGUCCCGGCCCAGCAGCAUCCCGGCCCCUGGGAGAAGGGACAUCCCGGCCCAGCAGUGACCCGGCCCCCAGGAGAAGGGACGUCCUGGCCUAGCAGUGACCCGGCCCCCGGGAGAAGGGACGUCCCGGCCCAGCAGCGUCCUGGCCCCUGGGAGAAGGGACGUCCUGGCCCAGCAGUGACCCGGCCCCUGGGAGAAGGGACGUCCCGGCCUAGCAGCGUUCAGGCCCCUAGGAGAAGGGACGUCCCCAGCCUGAUGGCAUCAGUCAGAGAAGUCUCCAGUUUCACGGAGGACCUGCUCUGCCCCAUCUGUCUGUCCCUGUUCCGGGACCCCCGCAUGCUGGAGUGCGGGCACAGCUUCUGCACCACCUGCCUGGAGCCCUGCGUCCCCAAGGGGCAGCGCCGGGGGCUGUGCCCCGAGUGCCGGCGCCCCUUCGCCCUGCGCCGGGUGGCCCUCAACCGGGCCCUGUGCAGCCUGGCGGAGAAAGCCCGGCUGCUCAGACUGGACGAGGGGGCCCAGCCGGGCGGAGGAGGGAGUUGGUAUUUCUGCGCGGAGCAUGAGGAGCCCCUCAAACUCUUCUGCAGCCAGGACGAGGGGCCCGUGUGUGUGAUCUGCCGGGACCUGCCCCAGCACCGCGGCCAUGACUUCCUGCCCGUCAAAAACGCCGUCCAGAAAUAUCAGGAACAGCUCAAGGCGUCUCUGCAGCCCCUGGAGGAAGGUCUCAAGAGGCUGAUGCGGAGCCAGUGCCGCCAGCAGGAGAACAUAACAGAGCUGGAGAGCUGCUCCGAGUCCCUGUUGGACCACAUCUCGGGAGAGUUCGAGAAGAUGCGCCGGCUGCUGAGUCUGCGGGAGCUGGGCCUGAAGGAGGCGCUGGAGCGGCAGCGGAAGAAGAACCUGGCCCAGAUGGAAGAGAAGCUCCAGGAGCUGAAUGGGAAAGUGGCGUCCUGGACCGAGACCCUCUCCAGGGUACGCGGGGGGCUGGAGCGCAAGGACAACAUCGGCUUCCUCAAGGAUGCCAAGGAGCUGAUGGAGAGAGUCCGUGCGGGGCAGGGAGUCCAGGGGAAGGAGGUGGAGAAGACAGACCAGGUGGAGGCAGAAGAGGAAUUGAGAACCAGUGACGACGACACCGAUGAAUGUGAGAAAGAGGAGGAAGGGGAAGAGGACGAGGAAGAUGAGGAACCUGAGGUGGAAGAGGAGGAAGAAGAGGAGAGGGCCGAGGAAGAAGAGGUUAAGGAAGAGGAAGACGAUGGGGUGGUGCCUGUGGACCUGAACCUUGGGGAGUUUAAGGGACCUCUGCAGUUCUACGCCUGGAAGGAGCUACUGGGGAUAGUCCACCCAGUGCCAGCCUGCAUCACCCUGGACUGCCACUCGGCCCAUCCCAGCCUGGUCCUCAUUGAGGAAGCCACCGGCGUCAAGUUCAGCCCGGGCCGGCGGUUCUGGCGCCGUAAGCCCCAGCGCUUCACGGCCAGCCCCUGUGUGGUGGGGCGGGAGGGCUGUGCGGGCGGCCGGCUCUACUGGGAGGUGCGGGUGGGCGACAAUCCUGACUGGGUGGUGGGCGCUGCCCGGAGGUCCGUGAAACGCAAGAGACGUCUCAGCUUCCGGGCCAGGGAAGGGGUGUGGGCCAUCGAGCGGCGAGGGGGGCAGUACCGGGCCCUGACGGACCCCCGCCUCACCCUGUCCGUCUGCGGGAGGCUGGAGAAGGUGGGGGUGUAUCUGGACUUGGAAGGAGGCCAGUUGUCCUUCUACAACAGCUCCAGCUUGAGCCAUCUGCACACCUUCCAGGACUCCUUCGCGGAGGAGAUAGUUCCCUUCCUGAGCACUCAGUCCAGCGAGCCCCUCUCCCUGUGGGACCUGGAUCUCUGACACCCUUAGAGGGGAGAGGCUCCAUGUCCCUUGCCCCAUCGCUCUGGGCCAGCCAGCCUGAUCGGAGCCACCUUGGUGCCAUGGCCAAGUUGCCCCACAUCGCCCUCUGCUGAUGUGCCUGAGUCCUACACCUGGACGGAUUCUUCUCUACUCAGUUCCUGAGGCCCGAGUAGUCUUGGCUUAUCCGCCAAUGACAGGGGGCCAGUUAACAGCAGGAUCAGUGAUGAUGGCUUCAGGAACCCUUCCACAGAACCCGCCAAUAUCCCACCACCUUGUUUUAUCCAACCCAACAGCCCUGGGAUUUGAACCCGCAACCUAGAACAAAGGCAAUUUUGGCCGUAAGUCGGUGACAUCCUGACUUAUCCACUAGCUGGGGUGGUUCACACCAGCUGAACCUCUAGCUUGUUGUUGGUUCUUUGUUCUCAGCAGCCCCUGGGUGCAUGGUCCGGCCAUUUCCCUGGUGAGAUGUAACCUUAAAUAGGAAGCAUUCAAUGGCAAUUAAUUUGGUUUCCUUUGAGAACUGCUGGUUCAUUCGUCCCUUUGGUGCGCCACAGAGGUCAGAGCAUCCGAGUUAAGAGUUUCAGACUUUCUGGGGCCGAAUCUGAUCACAGUUACAGCUGUGUAAAACCUGAGCAACUCCUGUGACAUCCAUGCACUUGCUCCUUGGUUGCGUACAGUUGUACAUGUGGAGUAACUGACUUUGCCCAGUGUAAGUCAAGGGAACUAUCUGGUCUCACUCUUCAGUUACACAUUGGUGUAAAUGUGGAGUAACCACACUGAAGUAAUUAUCACUACCCGUCAGUUACAGCAGUGUAAACUUGUGGUAACUACACUGAGGGCACUGGUGUUACUUCCCAUUUACACGCUGGUGUAAACCCGGAGUAGCUCCAUUGAAGUCAAUGGCAUUUCUCCCCAAGUUACACACGAGUGUAAAACUGGAGUAAUUCCAUCAUAGUCACUGGCACUUCCUCCCAAGUUACUCCCUGGUGUAAAUGUAGAGUAGUUCUACUGAAUGUCACUGGAGUUACUCCCUUUACACCAAGGUAAAUCCAUUGAAGUUCAUGGAUUUACUCCUCAGAUACAUGAGCAUACCUGGAAUAAUUCCACUAGGCUAAUUGGAGUUACUCUGGAUUUGCACCAGUAGAACACUGGUGCAGUCAGCAGAGUUACUUUGCAGUCACACCAACAUAAAUCCGUUGUGGUUCCUUGACUGGCUCCUCAAUUACACCCCAGUGUAAACCUGGAGUAACCCUAUUGGCCUUUCUGCAGGUAUUCCUCAAUUACAUCCCAAUAAAUCCACUGAACUAAAUCCAUCCGUUUAUUACUCCGUUCCGCCGGUGGGAACCUGGAGUGAUUGAACUGAGUCGACCUCUCUUACUCUGGGUUUACAAAGUGUAAAUCUAGUGAAGCUGCUGGACUUACUUCACUUUAGGCUAGCAUACUUCGAAAGUACACACUGCUGGCUGGCGUGGAGUCACUCUGGGUUUACACGGGGGGUCCCUGAGAUCAGACUCCAGCCCUGAUUCCAUGGACUCUGGAAGGGUCAGUCUGGAUGUACACGUCAGACUCUGGAUUCCUGAUUAUAUAGGUUCAAGUCCCAUAUAGGAUUAUGCAUCUUCUCGCCUUCCCUGGGGGAGAAAUUGCUCUCUCUGGCCUUGGACCAGCUGAGCAUCUGUCGGAUGAGUAAAGCUAUGAAUCUGUGACAUGCCCCCCACCUAAGCUGCCCAGCCCCUGAAGAAGGUGGGGGACCCCCCCUCCCAGCUCCCAGCCCCGUGGGCAGCGGGAGGACCAUGGCAGCUGGUCAGCUGCUGCGAGUGGCAAGCCACCUCUCCAGCUCCUAGUCACCAUUGGAGGUGGGGGACUCCCCAGCUCCCAGCCACUGGGCAGGGGGGGCCGCAGCUCCCAGCUGUUGCAUGCAAUGGGGCAAGGUGCUGGACCCUCCUCCCUCCCCAUUUUGUCAGGGAUGUUUUUAGUAAAAGUCAGGGACAGGUCACGGCUCCCCUGAAUUUUUGUUUAUGGCCCGUGACCUGUCCCCGACUUUUACUAAAAAUAUCCAUGAGGAAAUUGUACCCUCACGGAUGAGCCGUUGGAGACUGCUGACGUGCCACUUUGAGUGAGUUGUGAGGUUCCCGGGGGAAAUGGGUCUCCCGCCGUCUCUUGGCAAUGAACGCUGAAGAUGUUCUGGGCUGGAAGUUAACGGUGCCAGAUGGCCCCUUGGUGCGACCGGGCGGAGCUCAGUUGCAUCCAGCGCUGACUUGCACCACUCGGGGCUCUGGCUCCAUGGGCCGCAACGGAGCGACGUCCGAAUGACACUAGCUGCGGAUCUAGCCCAGGGAGGGCUGCCGCUCUGCUCUCUUGACCUCGCAGACUGACUGGAUACAGAGGCGGGAACGUCUCUUCCUAGGAAGUCAGGGCCAAGUGAAGCCCUCGUGUAAGUGGCUUGAACUCCGUUGAAUCAAGGGUUGUUCGCCACCAGCAGGGAAUUUGGCCUGGAAUCUGUCAUGUGUUGCAACACGUAGCAAGACAUACCCACAUGGCCUAAGGCGAAAUGAACAAAGAGACACUCGCGCCUUCUGUUAGUUGCCCUUCAACCUGGUUUCUUGGCAAAGAGGUCAUGUCAGAGAAACUCAGUAUCGUUUUUUUAUGAGUGCCCCGGUUAGGUAAAUAAAGGUUACUGUGUUGACAUAAUACACUCAAAGGAAAGUUGGCAUCACAUAUGGAGGGCAUUUGACUUAGCCCUGCACGACAUCCCAAGUCAAGAAUUAGCCCUAGGCGAAAACCAAUGCAGCCCACAUCCAAUGGCUUAAAAACUGGCUUGCUGAUAGAUCCCCCAAAGUAAUUUUUGCUGGGAAUUGUCGUCUAAUGGGGGUGUUUCUAGUGGGGUUCCCCAGGGACCAAUGCUAGGUAAUAUCUGUAUCAAUUGAGCUGGAAAAACCCCAUAAAUCAGGGGUGGGGAAACUACAGCUCGAGGUGCAGGGUCAGGGCUGCACCACACGACUCCCAGAAGCCACAGCAUGACCCCACUCCUGCUACUAUCUGCUCCAGUGGCCUCCUCCACCACGCCAAUGGGACCUGCAUGGCCAUUGCCUGCGUGUAAGAGCCGGAGAAGGGACAUGCCGCUGCUUCCGGGAGCCGCUUGAGGUAAGUGCCGCUGGGAGCCUGCACCCCAGAGCGUC